AUGGGCAUCCGUUCAGAAAGACUCUGUAUGACUUUGUUGUCCAUAUAUACGGUGAUUACUGUGAAUGGACACAACUGUCCUGGCAAAACGAUCAUACAAGUAGUGCAACAUGAACAGCAGUUGUCACAGACAUUUCUAAGUAUCGAUAUCAUAGGAUUACAGCAAUGUUCACGCGCGUGUUUGUUGCGAACAAAAUGCCAAGUUAUCGCUUUUGAUUUUCCUACAGCAAAUUGUGAGCUUGGUGAAAACGUUGCUUACAUUACUGUGUCUUCUAGUAACACAACUGGUACUAUUUUGAGAUCGGCGUUAGUACAGUUUGAACCAUUUCUUUUAGAAUCUUGUGUUGGACAUUCUUGUGACGUUGACUCUAAGUGUGUAGAAUUAUCUAGUGGUCAGUUUACGUGUGUGUCCACUCUUGCAUACAUCGCACCAACAACGACAACGUCGACAACAGCGACAGCAUCGACAACAACGACAACAUCGACAACAACGACAGCGACGACAACGACGACAACAACGAUGACAACGACGCCUUCAACAACGACGACUUUGCCCACGACGACGACUGAAGCUGCCGAAAUUUUGUGCCCCCUUCCUCCUACAGUUUUAAACGCAGAAACACCAACAACUGCGGAGAGUUCAGUGGGGGCAUCUCAUUCAUAUACAUGCCUCACAGGUCAUCUGCUGAAUGGAAACCCACAGGUCACUUGUCAGCAGAAUGGCCAGUGGUCAUCACCAGAGUUUACCUGUAUUCCAUGUGAUACGAAUGAUUUCGUGUACGAUUCAAGUCUUCAAUUUUGCUACAAACUGCAAAUAACUACAAGAUACAAACACACGGAUGCUAUAUCAUAUUGCGCUGGCUUUGGUGGCCGUUUGGCUAAAGUGGACACGCCAGAGAAACUGGCCUUGUUAUCCCCAUCCAUUGCAACUAGGGCUUUUGUAGAUGGAUCGGACAGUAGUAUAGAGAAUACGUGGAUUUAUUCAGAUGGUUCGAGUGUAAAUAUGAACCUCUUUAGUGCUGGAAUGCCGACUACAGAUACAGGAUUGAAUUGUCUGGUGAUACAAUCAGGAUAUAUUCUUGAACAGGAAUGUGACGUUAAUAGGUAUGUUGUGUGUGAUAAACAACUGUAA